AACGACGACCCGCGGUUCCUCACCUCACGAGACAAAGCCUUCAAACAAGUGGUAAACGACACGUCAGUCUUUCGAUUAGAUCUUCCGACCCGUCAGCUCAAGAGUGUUGCGGGCAAUUCAAGUAAAGCGCAACCCGAGUCCCGGUGUCCGGAACUGUUGGCCAAUUACUGUGAUAUGUUGCUCAGGAAGACACCCAUCAGUCGUAAACUCACAUCUGAUGAGAUCGAAGCCAAACUCAAAGAAGUGCUAUUAGUAUUGAAAUACAUCCAAAACAAAGACGUGUUUAUGCGCUACCAUAAGGCACACCUCACCCGACGACUCAUUCUCGACUCGUCGGCCGAUUCCGAGAAGGAGGAGAAUAUGGUUGAGUGGCUUCGGGACGUCGGUAUGCCUGCGGAGUAUGUGAACAAAUUGGGCCGAAUGUUCCAAGACAUCAAAGUCAGCGAAGACCUCAACCAACAGUUCAAGAACGCCAACCGGUGCUCAUCGGCGGUCAACACCGGUGCUCACCAUUUGGCCGAUUCGAUCAACAUUAAGAUACUGAACGCCGGCGCGUGGGCUCGAGGCUCGGAGCGCGUCCAGGUGUCACUUCCCAUCGAAAUGGAGGACAUUAUACCCGAAGUCGAGGAGUUCUAUCGCAAACAACACAACGGCCGCAAACUUCAGUGGUAUCAUCACAUGUCCAACGGAACCUUAACGUUUAGCAACAAUGCUGGUAAAUUCGACCUCGAUGUUACCACCUUUCAGAUGGCAGUGCUAUUUGUAUGGAAUGAUCGCCCAUACGAUCGGAUCAGUUAUGAAAACCUCCGAUUGGCCACUGAGUUGCCCGACCCGGAGCUCAGAAAGACUCUAUGGUCUUUAAUAGCGUUUCCAAAACUCAAACGACAAGUCCUUCUCUGCGAGAGUGACGUGAAGUCAACGAAAGACUUUGACGACAGCACUAUAUUUGCCAUCAAUCAGGAGUUUACUGUCAUGUAAG